GAUCUUCUCCCAUUUUAAAUCAAGUUUGUGCUUGAAUUAUCUACAAAAUCAGUUACUUAAAGCUUCUGUAUCCACAAUCGUCGACCCUCCUCUUGCUCCAUCUCACAAUAAAACCUGUCUACACAGAUCUUUCAUCAAACGAUCAGUCAUGGAUCAAAUAUUCAAGACAUGCUCUGAGGAUCCCAUUCAGGUGAAUUUGAAUACAAGUCUUGGAAACAGUGAGACUUUGGUGCAACAAAUCAUUGGCCAAAUCGUACUCCAUCCAAACUCCACCGAGAACUCAAUCAGAGAGAUUACUUUCAUAAAUGAAAAGUUCAGGUCCCUCUUACUCACAACACCUGUUCCUUCACUAGUCUUUCGAUAUGGUCCAAGUGGUGUAGCAGCCACAUUUGAUUCCUUGAAAUGCGCAGGAAUUGACUCCGAAGGCAAGAUAAUGAUCUCCCAUUUAUGGAAAUGCACCUCCGGCUUUCUUUUGGUAGAUGAUUGCUUUACCUUCGAAAAGUUCGAAGAGUUGAGAUUCAUUGAGGCUAACGAUGGAGCUCCACUGAACCGUCGACGCAUAACAUUCUUGGGGAGGGAUAAAAAGGAACUCUUUGUUGAGAGAGUAAAGUGCGACAUCACUGUAACACAUGGCUGCCUUGUCAUGUUCACAACUCAUGAUGGAUUCACCAAGAAUUUAGUCUCAUGCUUCUACAUUGAUGGCAGAGGUCUCACGAAAUUGGAAAGAGCUAUGUCCGUUCCAUUACCAUCUAGUGAGGAUAACAUAUCCGUCGAAGUAUUUGGGGUAAAAGACUCGGAUAUCGAGCAAGAUAAUGCUUUUGAUUCGGCUUCACAAUCAACGGUCUCAAAACUCAUCAACACUCCAUUUGGAACAUCAAUAAUUGAUGAAGAUCGAGGCAUUGAGGUCACUCUUUCUACUGAUGAGCGUGAAGCUUCCCUCAAACAGCGCGAGCAAGAAAUGGACAACCGUGAACGCGACAUUGCAGAGCAGGAAAGAAAUCUUAAGCAACGAGAUCUUUUACUCGCAGACCUUCAGAGCCCGGAGAAAAUAAGUAUUGCGCACUGUGGAGCUGCUCCCUCGGGUGGAUUGAAAGAACUCGAGCAAAGACUCCUCAAAUUGGCUGCGAUGAAGUCCUCGGCUGAUUAUCCUUCACCAAUGACCACCAAGAAUUUCCUGACCCAAAUGACUUCUUCAAAGAGUGUCAAUGACGGCAUUGAAAAUUUUGAAGUUCAAGAGGCUGAGUUAGCACACUACGACAAAUCUAUUCAAAACUGCGAAGCAGAUGCUAGAGCUAGAGAGAUUGCUCUUGCUGGCUUUCAACUGACUAUGGAGAAGCGUGUAAUGGCCUUAGAUCGGCGGGAAAAUUCAGCUGCAAUACUUGAGGCUAAACUUCAGAAUCGAGAAAAAUUUGUGCAAGCACGCGAGCAGGAAAUCAAGUCGCUCAACCGCAGCUUGAGCUGGCGUGACGGACUUCGCAAGAAGCGUGAGACUGAGCUUGCAAUCCACGAAGAAGCAAACAGUCGGCUCCGCGACCAACUGGAUGCAGACAGGGAGACUUUGGAUUCCAGAGAGGCGGUGAUGGAGCGAGAGUUUCAAAAUUACUACGAACAAUAUGAUACUUACCCGUAUGACUGUUAUCCAUAUUCCCAUUCUAGCUACGAGGAUGACUAUGAGGAAAGAGAGAGAAUAUGAUGUUGAUUUUGAUUUAUCUUGAUCUGCGUUUCGUUUAUAGCGAUACGAACUCACAGAAAGCUUUCAGUAAUGAUGCAUCUAUCAUAACCUCUUAUUGAAGGCUAGCCUGCUCUACAUAAGAGGCAUGUUUUGACAAGAUAGUUUAAUCUUCGGAUGAGAAUAGCGAAAGAUGAUUUAUUUUUUAUACUCUGGUUUUCGAUCAAUGUGUAUCAGAAAUUUUCGAGUUAGAUGUCUGACGAUUAGUUAAUCCAUCAUUCCAAGGAAUGCGUCAUUCUAGUUGUCUACAGAUACGACUACCA